CCAUGUUCUUCGGUCUCGGCGACGAGACUUUCUCCUACGACAAUCGCAGCCUCCAGGCAGCCAUCACUCGGGAAAUGGAGCGGAAUGGGUGGGUUGGCGUUUGUUGCGAGCCGAACGUGAUCUUUGUUGUCUGCAACCAAUUUCCAAUUAUAGCAAUGAAAUACAACGACUCUCGGGACGGCACAAACAAGGUCGAGGAAGUUCUGACCAAGUACAAGAUCGCUUGGGACAAAAAGGGCAUGGUUUCUUCCAACGGUCUCUUUGUUGACUUUUGGAUGGUCAAGCAAAACCACAUAGUCCCUCCUACAGAUGUGGGAUGGACUGCAUGGGCGGGUGCUUUUAUGAACUCCUGGAAUCCUCAACUUGUGGAGAGCCUCUAUCCGAAGCAGUUUCCUGGCUUCAUCACUACCAUCGCCGGCCACAUCCGCCUACAACCGCCCAUUGUAGCCAACCACUACCGCACACUUUCAGCAGCGGCGUCCCCGACCAAGUCCGAUCAAGAGAACCUCCAGCAAGCUAUUGGCCUCGCCAAAGCCGACCUUGCGAAGAACCCAGAACCGCCUUUCCCGUACACCAAACCCUGCUUCGGGUAUGUAGUUCAAUGGCUUUCGGAGCUCGGUCAAACAGAGCUUCUUGAUGGCCUUCUCGCAUACGCUGAUGAAAACCUCAACCCCACAUGGGAGAACGGGGGCCUGUUCUACCCUCGUAACGACACGCCUUUUAUCUUCACCGACGACAAACAUGACGGCGAGGGCGUCAAGUGGACGCACAUCUCCCCCUUCUGCGGCAACGCUGCGAUAGGGUACGCACGACUCAAUGUUAGAGAUGGACAGCGCAUCAUGUAUGAAAAGCCGUGGACGAGAGAGUCUCUGGCCCGUACGCCGUGGAUCGACAACCUCGAAUUCGCGGGCAGGGAGCAUGGAGCCGGUGUCCUUCGCGGUGUGUGGGAUGAACAUGCCCAUGCGCUAAUCCUCACUGUGAGAGGGUGGGAUUUCGAGGGACGAGGAUGCCCUGAGACCGUGAGCAUCGAGCCUAUAGCCCGGGGCCUGGGGCCAGGAAACUGGGCAGUCUAUGUCAAUGGGAAGUUACGCACGAGCAAAGAGUUGCAUGACCCGGCAGACAAUGGGUUUGGGGUGACGUGUGAUGUCAAGAGGGGCCAGGAAGUUGAUGUGGUGUUUUUGAGGGUUCAUGGCGGGAUGAACGGGCGUGUCAAUGGUGAUGCUAACGGAUAUGCUUGAUC